UGGAGGAGCCCGCUGCGCCGCCCACCGUAUCGCUGGAGCUGCUGCGGACAGCCACGUAUGACGAGGUGUGCGCCUCCCUAGCCACCGCGCUGUCCCUGCCCGACCCCACCAAACUCCGCCUCACCCGCCACAACUACUUUAGCUGCCAGCCGCAACGUACGGCGGUCAAAUGGCGCGCAGCCCCCUCCCUGGACUCGCUGCUGACCCAUGGGUCACACACCGUGGACACGCUGUACUACGAGGUGUUGGAUCUGCCGUUGGAGGAGAUGGAGCAGCUGAAGACGGUCAAGGUUUCCUUCCACAACGAGCGCGGCGAAUUCGUGGGCGAGCAGCACUCCCUGCGGCUGCGGCGGGAGACCACUGUGGCUGACCUGCUUACCGAGCUAGGCACUCGGCUUCAGCAGGCGGCGGCGGCAGCAGCAGCCAACAGGGCUGCUGCAGCGGCGGCGGCGGCGACAGGCGGGAGCCAGCCAGCAGAGGCGAGUGUGGGGGCCGUCAGCGGCGGAAACGGAGACGCCGCUGCCGAUCAGCAACAGCGGUUGAGUCAGGGCGGCACAGGCAACGGGGGAGCUGCCGUUGCUGCUGCUGCAGGGCCGCAGCCCCUGUCGCAAGCGCAGCAGGCUCAGCAGCAAGCGGAUGAGGCCGCGUUGGCUGCAGCGGCGGAGCUGGUGGCAGCAGGACGGCCCAUGCGGCUCAUGGAGCUCAUACAAAACAAGCUCUACAAGGUGGCUGACCCCAGCGAAACGCUGGAUGCGCUCAACGAAGCCUACUGGCAGCUCCGAGCGGAGUUCAUUCCCGCAGAUCAGCUGGCAGAUGGGCUGAGCGGCUCGGAUUAUCUGGUGCAUGCGGCCCACAUGCUGCUGCCGCCGCUACCGCCCAAAGCGGCGGCGUACCUCGCAGCGCAGCAGCAGCAGCAGGCAGCUGCUGCGGCGGCGGGUACGGCAGGUGUGUCGACGGAGGAAGCGGUAGCCACUGCGGUUCGGGGGGCUGGUAAGGCGGAAACGUCACCGCAGGGCCGCGGGACGUCCGGGGGUGCGGUGCCCAUGGAGGCUGAGGGCGGUGGUGGCGGCAGUGUGAAGGAGGAUAUGGAGGAGGAUGAGGCGGAAGGCGGGGAGCGGCAGGGCGGCGAUGAGGCAGGGCAGGAG